AUGUACACUGUGGAAUACUGUUCAAAGGUAAAUAUCAAUGGAAUUAGCAUUGACAUAGAUAAAUUAAGAAAUGUCACACUGACCAAGAGAAAGUUUGUUUACUUUCUGAAUCUCCUGAACAUCUCAGCCUCUUACAUUGAACAAGGGCUGUAUCAGUUCAGAGAAAAGUGUUAUACAAAGGACCCCAAAGAAGAGAAAAUUGGAGACUCAGCUCUCAGGGAUGAAGGAGCAUCAUUAAAUAUUUUCUCUGUGCAUCCCUCUGCAGGAAGUCAUGACAAGCCUUCACUCUCUGCCUGGCCAAGCCAUAUUGUUCCUUUGGGACAGCGUGUGGAACUUCGAUGUGACACUCAUAGUGACUAUUACAACUUCAAGUUGUACAAAGACCAUGGUAAUCAUAUCCCUCAGAACCAGGGAAGACCAUUCCAGAAGAAAUUUGUCUUGAAUCGUGUGACAUCAGAACAUGCAGGGACAUACAGAUGCUAUGGUUUGAAUUUUCAUUACCCUAUUAAAAUUUCAGAAAUAAGUGACCCUGUGAAGAUCAUAAUUUCAGGAGUCUACAGGAAGCCUUUCCUCUUGGCCUUACAACCUUCCCUUGUGAAUUUAGGAGAGAAGGUGACACUGGAGUGUCGAUCAGAGAUUAUGUUUGACACCUUCAUUUUGACUUCCCAUAAAAAUGGAACAAUCAAAGACUCUUUUGAGCUUUCUGCAGGACAUUAUCAUGGAGGUUCCCAAGCCAACUUCUCAAUAGGUCCUGUGACACCUGAUGAUGCUGGGACAUACACAUGCUAUGGUUCCUUCAAUCACUCUCCAUAUGAGUGGUCUGAAUCCAGUGGCCCCAUUGACAUAAAGAUCACAGGUUUAUACAAGAAACCUUCUCUGUCAGCCCUGAUGGAACCUGUGGUGAUGUCAGGAGAAAACAUGACCUUGACCUGUUUCUCUGACCUUCAGUUUGACAUGUUCCAUCUGUCCAUGGAAGGGGUACCCAAGGACCAUGGGCUACCUUCAGUGAAGAGCCACAAUGGAACAUUCCAGGACAGCUUCCAUCUUGGUUCUGUGGUCCAGGCAGGGAACUAUAGAUGCUAUGGCUCUUUCAGGAACUCUUCCCAUCUGUGGUCAACCCCAAGUGACCCCUUGUACAUUCUUGUCACAGUUAACUCAACAAGAAACUGCACUUCUUGCACAGAAGCAUACUUCACAACCAGUGAGUAA